UUUAACUCAACCGCGAUGAGUAAAUUAUCAACUGAAGACCUCCGCUUUCGCCUCCAGGUCUCCUCUCGCAUAACAUAUUUCCUUCUCCAAGUUAUCCAGUGGUUGAUUCUAAAUCACUACGUUUUCCCACAGCUGUCGAAUUCUGCGCCGUUGCGAGAGGGAUUAAUAUCCGGCGCUGCAUCUAUAGUAUCUUACGUUUUGUAUUCCUGGCUUAUAGGAUUUGAAUACGGUGACAAAGAACGGUACUUUACCUUCGUUACGACAAUUGCUGUCAUGCUCAUGAUGCGCUUUAUUUUCCUUACAUAAGCUUCAAGUUACGGCCAUUCGCGGGUUAUGAUUGCUUAGAAAAGGCUUAUGAGGCUUAUCAACGGAAGGUAGUUGUUAGGUAUGACCAGGAAAUGGG